AUGUGGAGCUUUGCAUCAAAUGCCAUAGCUGGAAGCUUAAAGAAAAAGGCACAACCCUCAAAAUGCAGCAUAGCCAAUCCAGAUUGUUCUGAUGAUGAAGUUUUUUCAUGUACAAGCAGAGAGGAAGGCCUUGAUUGUCCAAUAUGCUGGGAAUCCUUCAACCUUGUGGAGAAUGUUCCCUAUGUCUUGUGGUGUGGCCACACAAUGUGCAAAAACUGCAUCCUUGGUCUUCACUGGGCAGUUGUCAAGUUUCCGUCCCUUCCUAUCCAGCUGCCUUUGUUCAUCUCAUGCCCCUGGUGCAACCUGUUGUCUUUCCGUCUGGUUUACAAGGGCAACCUCAGGUUCCCACGCAAGAACUACUUUCUGCUCUGGAUGGUCGAUAGCAUGAACGGUGAGAGAGCAAAAUUCCAUUCCACUAAUCACGACGAGCAUCAUUCCUCAUGGCAUUCUAGUGCUGGCACAAGUUCCAGUCAUCAACACCGAAGAAAUGCUACUGUACGAUCAGAGAGCUCUUCUGCCAGAGAUACAAGCGUCGUCCAUAACAUUUUCCACACUGACAACAUUAGUGCUUCUCUGCAAAAGCUUAUGGUGUGCUUCAUGCAGCUGACAGCCAAGUUUCCGCUCGUGAUAAUCUUCCUGCUGAUAGUCCUUUAUGCUGUCCCUGCAAGUGCUGCUGUUCUGGUCCUGUAUGCCCUUAUCACGUUUUUGUUUGCACUGCCCUCAUUUUUUAUCCUCUACUUUGCUUAUCCCAGCUUGGAUUGGCUUGUCAGAGAGAUCUUCGCUUAA